AUGGUGUCAGGAGUAUCAAAUGAGACCGAUCUUGAAAGAAUAAAGAUCAAAACAGAUGAAGAAUUUGGAACGUUUUGGUGGGUCAUGGAAUCCGCAAGCAACACAAGUGUUGGGUGCAACGUAAGCAAAGACGACCGAAGUGAAAAUUCCCCCAAAGCUAAUGCUAACAGAGAGUCAAAUGCAGUGGCAAACAAGUCAUCAAAUGAUAUUCUGGAAGCACUGCAAGGGGUUAGAAACCUCCCUGGGGAAACAGCGAUAGAAAAUGUAAUGGAGAAAGUAAAAAUGGCCAAGAAUGGCAAGGAAAAACAAAGUAAUGAUUUAGACAGAACAGGAUUGAAAUGGAAAUCAGAAAGUGAAGAAAAGCCUGCUGUGAAAAAAGAGGCAAGAAUGUCAGAGCUUGACAAUCAGCUAGUCGCAAUGCCUCUGCCUCAUAUUCCUCUGAAAAGUCUAAUGGAUGUGGAAAUAAAGUUGGUCUACAUUGAUGAGGAAGAUAUUACAUAUGAGUUCGCUGAGUCAGUGGUGUCUACCAGCACACAAUCAACAUGUCGAGACGCUGAAAAAGUAGGCUGUCUGAGUGCACCUAAUUUCAGCUCUCUGCCGCAGAUUGACAAAUGGCUUCAGGUAGCCUUAAAGGAGGCCAGCACUUGCUAUCGACAAAAGAAGUAUGCUAUAGCAGCAGGACAGUUCAGAACAGCACUUGAGCUUUGCAGCAAAGGUGCAGCUUUAGGGAAGCCCUUUGAAGCAUCCCCACAAGACAUUUCAAGCAUUGCCAGUUUUAUUGAGACAAAGCUUGUAACCUGCUACUUAAGAAUGAGAAAGCCUGAUCUUGCUCUGAAUCAUUCACACAGGAGCAUUAUUUUGAACCCAGCCUAUUUCCGGAACCAUCUUCGUCAAGCAACUGUGUUUAGAUGUUUAGAAAGAUUUUCUGAAGCAGCCAGGAGUGCCAUGAUUGCUGACUACAUGUACUGGCUGUCAGGAGGCGGUGAGCAGCAUAUAAGCAAGCUCAUCAAACUGUAUUGGCAGGCUAUGAUUGAAGAAGCCAUCACCAGAGAAGAAUCUUUUUCAGUUAUGUACACACCAUUUGCAACAAAAGCAAAGGCUGACAAAAUAGACAAGAUGAAAGAAGCUUUUGCUAAAAAACACCCUGACUAUGUAGACUACAUAUACACAGAUGCACGUGGGCUCCAUAUCUUGCCACAGACAGCUGACUGGGUUUCUCUGUGUUCCCAACAAUACUUGUUAACUCUGGGUUUCAAAACCAAAGAUGUUGGGAAGUUCUUGGAAAAGAUGUCAAGUAGGAAGCUGCCCACUUUUUCAGAGCACAAACAUCCUUUUGGUCCUCUUAUAAGAGAAGAAUUAGGAAGACACUUGGAAACCAUGGGGAAAAAGAUCUUGCCAGUAAUGGAUUUUAUCCGAAGCACCAAAUUAACUGAGAGUUUCUGUGCAUGUUCAGGUGUGAUAGAGAAGUUGCAAUAUGCCAGCCUCCUCCGCCAGUUGCAGCGAGUCAAGGAACAGUCCCAAGUGAUUAAUCAAGCGAUAGCUGAGCUAGCAACCGUUCCCUAUCUGCAGGACAUCAGUCAGCAAGAUGCUGAAUUGCUGCAGUUGCUAAUGGCAGAUGCCAUGGACACCCUUGAAGGAAGAAGAAGUGAUAAAGAACGUGUGUGGAAUAAAAUUCAGAAGGUUGGAAUAAUUGAAGAUUUCUUGUACCAGUUAGAAGACAACUUCUUAAAGACCAAAAAGCUGAGACUGGCUAGAAGGCAGAAAAUGAAAAUGAAGAGGCUUCAAAGUGCACAGCAACACUAAACAAUCCCAUCACCUCUCCUACUAUGCCAAAGACCUGUGUAUAUGGAGACAGCAAGGUCAUUAAUACUGGGGAAGUUUGACAGUCAGGACAACAAGGGCCUGCCUUCAGAUUAAUGAGGUGUCUCCUCACUAUGGCUCAUCUUUAGCAAGGAGCUCCUGUACUUCAUUAGUCUCUGCUGGCAAGAAUAAAUGUU